AUGAAUAAGGAAAUGUGUAAAGAGUUCAAGAGUGUAAGGGAAUGGAUUUCCGAUGAAUUGAAAGAUAAAGAAAGCUAUGAAAUUAAAGAUGAUAAAUUUUUAAAUGAUUAUUGUGAUAAUAAGCGAUGUGAAAAUGAUUUCGAUUUAAUAAGUGCUGGAUGUUUAUAUUUGUUGGAUCAAUUCUAUAGCGAUUCUGGUGUGUUACCCUCUCCUUCAAAAAGUAACCCCUAUAUUGUUGAUUACAUUUUGAUAUGGUUAAGUUAUAUGUUAAACCUAAAGAAAAGUGAAGAAAACAUUAUAGAUACUUUUUAUAAUAAUUACAUAAAUACUUGUGGUAAGUAUAAGACGGAAAAAAGUGAAUUUAAUUAUCAUGAUCAUGAUAAUUAUAAGGGUCUUAUAGAUAAAAGAAAGGAAUUUUUGUAUAUGGAUCGUAAUAUUGUAACUAAAUUUUAUGAAGCAUUUAAAUCAUUAUGUAACCUGUAUAAUGAACUUGAUUAUGAAAAAAAAAAUUGCGAGAAUUAUUUGGAUGAUAAUAAUGAAUUUUUUAAUAAAUAUGAAGAGCUUAAGAAAGAUACUAGUAAUACUGGAAAUGGUUCAUAUAAUAAACUAUUGUCCACUUUAUCAACUGAUUAUAAUGAUUUUAAAAAGGAAUGUAAAGAUAUUUUAUCCUCUCUAUCGGCAAAAACAAAAGAAAAGCCUGGACAAUAUAUAGAUGGUUUAGGACAAGGUGUAGAUAGUUUUGAACAAGGUGUAGAUAGUUUUGAACAAGGUGUAGAUAGUUUUGAACAAGGUGUAGAUAGUUUUGAACAAGGUGUAGAUAAUCCUGAUAUUGCAUCAUCAAGUUCAUCGAUAGUAAGCAAAAUAAUUCCAGUUUUAUUGAUAUUUGUAUUCAUUAUUUGGAUUUCGGAAAAGAGUUCAAAAACAUUUAAGAGAAAAGCUAAAAAAAUAAAGAAAAAAACUGAUCAUUAA